AUGUGCAAGUGGGACAUCUUUCUCUUCAACUGCGGCUGCUUCGUGGUGCAGUUAAAGGACCCAUGCCACGACCGCCGACACAGGUACCACCUAAACUGCGUCCAGAUCCAGCAGGUUCGCAAGGAAUGGGUCUACUGCCAGGGUCGCCUCUGCGACAGAUGUAAAGAUCUGCAGGAUGAGGGAUACGGGGUCUCGGACGAGCUGCCUGCGUGGAAGGAUUUGCAGAGGGCGGCGUAUCAGGUUGCCAAGGAUCGGGCGAAUAUGGGGUACUUUGGGUGA